AUGGUGACAACAUUGCAAUCUGAUGCAUAUGACUUUUUUAUGGAUCCUGCGGAACGUAUGAAAGUAUCCGCCCCAUCUCUUAUUAAAGAUAAAUGUGACGAAUUUGUUAUUAAUUUUAGAGAUAGCGCCGACAUCCCAAUAAACAGACUUUCACACGAUAAAAACUGGAAGGAAUCUUAUGAAGAUCUCUCAAAAAUUGCAACAGAUAUCCUUGAAGUAUUGUGA